CGAGGGAUGUCAAGUUAAAUAAAUAAAUAUAUCACGUGAUAUAGAGGGAGUCAAUCGAUAAUUACUUGUCAACCUUUCUUUUCUUUUGUGAUUUGAUUGACUACGUAUUAAUUAUGCUCUGUUAGUUACUUUACUUUAUAAAAAUAUUUGUUAAAUUUUUAGCAGGAAAUGAGUUUAUGAAUCACGGAGAUCUGAAUUGAAAGAAAAAAAUAUUUUGUCCUCAACUUUGAAGUCUUUGUUCGUAUCAAUAUAAUUUAAUAAAUAUGACUUCAAGAAAGAAGGUACUUUUGAAAGUUAUUAUUCUUGGAGACUCAGGUGUUGGAAAGACAUCUCUUAUGAACCAGUAUGUGAACAAAAAAUUCAGCAAUCAGUAUAAAGCUACGAUUGGAGCAGAUUUUCUUACCAGAGAGUUGGUAGUACAAGAUAGGCUGGUUACUAUGCAAAUCUGGGAUACUGCUGGCCAAGAAAGAUUUCAAUCAUUGGGAGUUGCUUUCUAUCGAGGUGCAGACUGCUGUGUAUUAGUGUAUGAUGUCACCAGCCCAAACUCCUUUAGAUCAUUGGACAGCUGGCUUGAUGAGUUUCUCAUCCAAGCAGGUCCCAGGAAUCCUGAGAAUUUCCCAUUUGUUGUCAUUGGCAACAAAAUAGAUCUUGAAAAUAGAGCUAUAACCACCAAAAGAGGUCAGAGUUGGUGUCAGAGCAAGAAUGACAUCCCAUUCUUUGAGACUAGCGCUAAGGAUUCUAUUAAUGUUGAGCAGGCAUUCCAAGCAGUGGCUAUGAAGGCAUUAGCCCAAGAACAAGAUGCUGAGUUGUUCAAUGAUUUUCCUGACCAAAUCAAGCUCACCAAUAACGAAAAUAAAUCUAAAUCUGAUAACUGUGCAUGCUAAUAUUGUAUAUAAAUGAGGAGGGAGUAUUUAUUUGUAUCUGGAAUAUAAUGUUCUGUUAAUUAUUUUUUCAUCAAUGAAAUGAAGAUAAUUUUAACUUUUAGUGUUCAUCUGUAAAAUUUGCAAUACAGCUUUCAAUCACUGUUGUAUUGUUUUAAUAUUACUUAUGGAAAUUUACACACAAUUAUGCAUUAAAGAUAUUUGUAGCCUUAA